AUGUUUCUGCAACGCUCCGCCGUGGCCGUGGCCCGCCGCGCCGCCGUCUCUCCCAUCGUCCGUCGUAGCCUGACUGCUUCCGCCAUUCGUCGAGACGCGAAGAAUGUCGAGCCACAUGCGAGCAUCGGCCAGAAGAUGAAGAACUUCGCCGACAUCAAGAGCGAAGACGACCUCAUCGGACCCGGUGCUGCCCCCGGAACCGUCCCUACCGACCUUGACCAGUCGACAGGUCUGGAGCGAUUGGAGAUCCUCGGAAAGAUGGAGGGUGUGGACAUCUUCGACAUGCGCCCCCUAGACUCAUCGCGGAAAGGAACCCCCGAAAACCCCAUUAUGGUCAAGUCUGCCGGUGACGAGCAGUAUGCUGGCUGCACCGGAUCCCCCGCCGACUCCCACGUCGUCCAUUGGCUAGGCAUGUCCCGCGAGCGACCGAUGGAGCGAUGCCCCGAGUGUGGCAGUACCUACAAGAUGGAGUACGUCGGACCCCAGGACGAUGGCCACGGCCACCACGACCACCACGGCCACCACGGCUAUGAGGAGCCCAAGACCUUCGCCGACUACGUCAAGCCCCAAUACUGGUGA